AGUAAGGUUUCCGCUUCUCUUACCAGCUGCGCAGACACAUAGAGCAACGACCGCAACACAAAUCAAUGGGGAAGAAACCAAAAAGUUCAAGAAAGGGAAAGAAAGCAUGGAGAGCGAAUAUAAGCACAGAAGAUAUAGACAAUUUCAUUGAAAAAUCGACUAAAGAUUCACUCUCUGGUGGUUCACUUUCUCAUGUUCCAACUGAGUCACUUUUCUUUGUUGACAAAUCUAAAGAUCUUUCUGUAAGAAGGAAAAUUGAGAAGCACAGAGAGAAAGUACUUCGUUGUGAUAGUGUUCUUCAAAAGAACCCUUUUGUUCAAGUUGUGCCUUCUUCUAAUCAAAAGAAGGGUAAAAAGAAGAAAAUUAAGAAAACCCAGAUUGAUUCUGAGCAAAAAGAUGGUGCCAAGGAGGAUGGUGCUAUUCAGGAUUCUGGCGUGGUUGACUUGUGGGGAAAUGAAGGUGAAUGUGACAACAAAACUAGAAAGAUAUCCAAUCCUUCAGUUAUUCCAGCAGUAGAAGUUGUGCCUCCAGGAUGCUCUUACAAUCCUUCAUUUGAAGCUCACCAGGAUUCUUUGGCCCAAGCUGUUGCAGAGGAAAUGCAGAAAGUCUAUCAAAGUGAGUUGGGACCUCAGCCUGUUCCAUUAACUGUUCCUGCGGAGCAUCAAGCAAUUAAUGAAGAAGAUAUGUACUUUCUUGAGGCGGAUGAUGGGGAUGAUGAUGAAGACAAUUUAAUUGAGAAUGAGGAUGCUGAGAAAAGGUCUACUAAAACAAAAAGAGUGACCCGAGUUGAGUUCAAUAGGAGAGCUAGACUCAAAGAACAAAAGAGAAAAGAAGCAGAAGCUAAGAAGAAAGAUGGAGUUUCUAAAGAAAUUGAUUCCUUGACAGAUAUCAUCAAGGAAAUAGCUAAGGAAGAUGAGGAGAAGAAUAAAAGACAUAUCCGGCGCAUAGUGGCCAAGGAGGAAAGACUAAAAACACGUCCUUCUCGGUUGGGAAAGCACAAGUUUGAGCCUGCUCCUCCUCAAGUGCUAUUAACUGAAGAAAUUACUGGUUCUCUCCGAAAACUGAAGGGUUGUUGCACUCUUCUAAGGGAUAGAUUUAAAAGCCUAGAGAAAAGAGGACUGAUUGCACCAAUGGCCAAAAACCGAAGAUUAUGAUUGCAACACUUGGGCAGGCGAUGAAUAGUAGAUUCGCUUAAGGAGACUGUCGAUGGUGUAGCAUCUGGCUUAAAGCAAACUGGAGACAAUUUUGAGAAGAAGUCGAUGAUGGGGAGAUGAAGAUUGUUUGGCUGCAGACAGAUGCCAGAGCCUGUUUACAUGUGUUGUCAUGUCUACUGCUCCAUGAAAAUUUUACUACAAUUAAGUCACUAAUCUUCUUCUUACUAGUCUAUAUCCCAUUUGUUAGAAUCACUAGUGUACAAGUGUUUUUGCCUAUGCGCUUGUUAGUUCAAAGUUUGAACUUGUACUGUUAGCUGGUACCUCUUAAUAGUUCGAAAGUUUAGAUUUUUCUAGAGUGUAAGAAUCAGAGUUAAAGUUAAUGUUUUUGUUUCAUGA